CGCGCCGUCCGGUUUUGCGCCUGCGCACUCCCUCCGCAGGUGGUUGCCAUGGAGUCGGAAGGGGCCUACGAGCCGGGCUUCGUCGGGAUCCGCUUUUGCCAGGAAUGCAACAACAUGUUGUACCCCAAGGAAGACAAAGAGAACAGGAUCCUUCUCUACGCAUGCCGGAAUUGUGACUACCAGCAGGAGGCUGACAACAGUUGCAUCUAUGUCAAUAAGAUCACACAUGAAGUGGAUGAAUUAACCCAGAUCAUCGCUGACGUUUCUCAGGAUCCAACUCUGCCCCGAACAGAGGACCACCCCUGUCAGAAGUGCGGCCACAAAGAAGCUGUGUUUUUCCAGUCUCACAGCGCGAGGGCUGAGGAUGCCAUGAGGCUGUAUUACGUCUGCACAGCCCCGCACUGUGGCCACCGGUGGACGGAGUGAAGUGCUUCAAGCUGUCGACUCCCAGCCAUCCUUCAGUGCUCACCCGGGUUCUGGGGAACUGCCGGCUCGUUCAUCUGCUGCUCUUCUCUGGUUAAUCGCCCUCUUUGAAUUGGGCUGUGUUUUUUGAUAUGUGAAUAAAAAUGGUUUAUUUUUUGCAGGAA